GCCCUUCGCCAGAUGACACGCGACAAACUGGUCCUGCUACUUUGUAUUACCACUUUCCUCUCCUAUCUGCCGGAGGCUGGGGAGUACUCCUGUUUCUUUGUAUAUCUGCGAUUGAUAGUUCUGAAUCCUGAACUCGCAAAGUUUGCAUGCCCGAUUUGGAAACUGGGUCUACGAUUUCCCGAAAAGAUGGUACUGCUGAGGAUAGGAGUAUUUGGACUACUGAUGGGAUCUCUAAUCUCACCUCUCUUGGCAAAUGAGUACAUGUACAAGUUGGACAGGGAAUUCGAUCAGUCCCGACUGCAAGCAAGAGUGCUAUUGAGAUACUUGGAUGACUACUUUGCACUUUGGUCACAUGCUAAGGAAAAUGUAAAUGAAUUCCUUAAUUUCAUUAACCAACUUGAUGAAAGAAUUAAAUUCACAAUGGAGGCGGAGGAGAAUGAACGAUUACCCUUUCUGUAUACUGAAGUCAUGCGCUCCAACGGGACACUCUAG